UGGCAACCUUGUCGACCUUAACUGAGACUGAGAUAACCUUAAACGUUUGUUUAUUAUUGCUAUUAACUGUAACAGGAUUGAUUUAGAAUUUAACUUAUUACUGGCAGAUAACGCGUCUUGACCUUAAAAAGUGAAACAAAGUGAAAGUGAACUAACCAGACGGCAGCUGUAGCGUUAAAUCAGGCAAAAAACGAUGUGAAAACCCGUGCCAUAGUUCUGAUAAAAUCAUUUAAUAUUAGCAAAACUUAGAAGCAACUAGGAAAUGGCAUCUACUUCGCUAACAGCGAUAAUUGUGAUUAUUAGCAGCUUGGUACUUAUUGACGUAUUUUGUGCAGAAGUAAGCCAAUCUCGGCAGAACGCCCAAAGCUCUGCUCAAAUAUCUUCCGAUGCAGUAUCUAGUGCAAAAAGUACAACGCCAUGGCCGGCAUUAGGACAGAGAGCCGCAACUACUCCCAGGCCAAACAGCAAUAAGCGAACGAGUAGACCGGCAACACAAAGUCCGAAGAAAUGGAUCCAACAAAACAAUAUAUGGAUUAGAAAUGAACAGGCCUCAGCUGGUGGCGAAGUGGGAACAUCUCAAACUAAAGAUCCUAAGAGUAAUGUCCAAAAUGUUAGAGCUGGCGUAGCUCAACAGCCUGCUACUACUAGUGGACGGCCUCCUUUAAAUCGAGGAGAUACUUAUACGGUUUUAAAACCGCAGGUUUUACCCAACCAUAAUCAGCAAGCUCUGAUAAAUGGCUUAAAUGGAAACAAACAAAGUGUUGGGCCUCCAACGUCCCCUACGAGUAAACCUUUGAGUUACGCGGGAGCCGUUGGGCCCAAACAACCUCAACCUCAUCCUCCCCCAUCUUCCACUACCUCAAAAGCACCAACACCAACAGUUCCUUCCACAGGGCCGGUGAGCGAGUUAGAGGAAGAAUCUAAAAGACCACAAAAUACCAAUGACGGUUCGGGUGCCUCAGAUGAUGAAUUGCGAGAAUUUGCAGAAAACAUAUUGCGAAAAGACACAAAUAAUGCCAUGAAAUACGUAACGUUAAACAUACAAGGCAUGACAUCGUCUAGGUCAUCCAGUGACGAAGCUCCUAAAGCAUUAUUAAACAUUGCUGAUCCAGCCUUCAAAAUUCCCUCAAUAGAGAAGAUUGUUCUACUCUACAAUAAUUAUUUUCUGGAUGCGGGGCAAAAUGAAGUGUACACAGGCCAAGAGAGGAUCGAAGAAAAUAAUUUCCUAGAUGCGAUAUUGGCAACGCCUGUAAUGCAAUUUGCUAGAAACUUUUUAGUGCAAAAAGAAAAAAUUGGCAAAGAUCCUAAGGAGUUCAAAGACUUGCUUCGUCAAAUUUGGUUUAACAUGUACUCGAGAGGUAAUGGCAGAAUCGGCUCCAGCGGGUUUGAGCACGUCUUUGUAGCAGAAAUCAAGAACAACCAAGUGUCUGGUUUGCAUAAUUGGCUAUACUUUAACGAGGAGGAGUCACAAGGACGAGCUAAUUAUUUAGGAUAUCUAAAAAAACUAGAUUUGGGAGAGAAAGGAGCUAUCGUAAAAUACCACUUCACAUUCCAUGAUAUUGAUAAGCCAGUGGGUUCAAUGUUUGUCGGUACCAGUCCGGAAUUGGAGAUGGCUCUUUACACAACCUGCUUCGUUUUGAGGGCGGAUAGGAUUUGCCCCUUGAAAAUGAACGGGAAUAAGUUUAUUAUUAGAACGUACACUUAUCGAUACAGAGGAAAAAAUAUGAUUGGAAGUGCCUUCCCAGAAAUUUAAACUUUUGCGAACAGAAACUUCGCUUUAUCAGCUUUUCUUCGAGAGUAAUUCUAAUACUAUUCUCGAGACAAAUAAUAAGAAAUUGCUCUGUUCCAAUCGAUGCUUCUCAAAUAAAUAAGACAAUAUCGUAACAAUUUAAAUAGUUUAGUUUAUUAAAAUUAACUUUGUUUUUCAAUAUCUUAUACUGUUAUGAUCAAAUUACGAGAUUUGGUCCAUUAUGACAUAAAAUAGUAAUUUAGACAUAUCAUGACUCAAAUCUACAAAACAGUUUUUAAAGUAGGUAAGAAGAUAACAAAUUAACAUACAUAUAUUUUAUAAGUUGAAUCGCUCUGGGUCCUCCAAUCUAAAAAGAAUCAUUAUUAUACAUCAGAAAUGAACGUUGAACACUACGCUUACCUUAAAAGAUUCACAUUCUUUUCUACAAGCUGUAGAAAUGAUACGUCUUGCGGCGUUAAAAAUACGAAUUGUAAAUCAGGCUUUGAACUAGCAUAAUGCAACAAGAUGUCGAUGACUUUGGUACGGUUUAGUUUAUCCUAAGUUGUUAAGAUUUCAUUAAAAUAAAAAGUUCCGAA